AUUUUACGUAGAGAGAAACGAUGUGGAGGUCAUCAAUGAUCAAACGGUCACAAGAGCGAGAAGUAGGGAAUUUCUCUCACCUCUUCUCUCUGAAUAUAUGUGAGGCUUAGCCCCUUUUAUCUGGCUUUCUUUCCAACUUCGCGUGUAUUUCCCGAACCCCAGACAUCGAAGAAAGCACAAGAAUCGAACCACUUCUUCUAACCCCUCUUCCCUCCCAUCUACCAAGAGAAACCAGGAGUGAUUAAUCGAGUGUGAUAAACCCAAGCAACCCGAUUGAUUGCUCCCAUUGUUUCUGAAAUCGUAUAUGUUGUAUUUAGUCUGAACGCUCUUAACUGAGAUCUUGUCCUUCCUACAAUGUUCUUCGCCUUGUAGCGGACAAGGUAUAUAAAAUCAAUGCAAAUCAAAUUUUUCGUUUCAGUUUCAGCUAAGUUUCAUGACCAUGUAUAUCUCCGGAUUUAAUUGUUUUUUCUUUUUGAGUAAAAAUUGAGUUUUUUUUUUCCGGAAAAGUGUUGAAGCUUCACUUUGAUUCCUUUACUCUUUACUCUCUCAUUAUUUUGCAAAUUAGGGUUUCAGUACUUUGUUUUUGGUUCCUAUAUCUGCGAACUGCAGGAUUCCUGCUUAUCUGGCUCUUUGCUGGAUUUUCUUUGUUUUAGGGUUCUUCAAUCGGAUCACAAUUUCUUACUGAGCUAGGGUUUUGUUCAGCAAUUCACACUUUCCCAUUUUUCUGAGAUAGUUGGGUGGUGCAUAGUUGGUUUUCAUCACUCACAAUUUCACUGACAGAUCGCCCUAUUAAUGAGAGUGUGUUGUGCCCCUACUGGCAUUCAAGCAAAAAAUUAGUGUGGAUUCCAUUCUUCUGGAUGCUCAUAAGUGAAUAAUACUAGUAUUAUCUUGUGCUUGUUUUGAAAGGGCAUGGAAGAGGAUUGUAGGUACAAGUAAAAUUGUCUAGAGGGGAGUGGACUAGUUGGAGAGAAAAGGAAAAAAAAAAAGCUGAGAACACUUUCAAGUCUUUCUAGGUAAAAGAUUAAAAAAUCACUUUUGGACAUUUUCAUCUGAAGAAAUCUUUUGGAUUGACACAGUUUUAUGGAUGCUUGUGCUCUAUAUAGCAGUGGAUUAUAGUGCUUUAUCUACUAUUGUUGGUGAGUGCCACUGGAGUGUCGUUUUUCCGUUGAGCUUUCAACAAUAUUGUUGGAACUUCUUGUGCAUCUGGAGUGUAACAUAGUCGAACAGAGCUCUGGAAAGGAAUGUGGGGUCAUGGUGCAUGGACAAGAAUAUAAUUGCUGCUGUGUCCCCUCACUGGAGCAUUGUUGUAAGAAAGUAAUCGGAGGAUACUGUUUUUUGCACGGAACUAUUUUUGCUGCUUGUAAAAUUGUGGGCGAUGUCUCGCUGCUUUCCUUUUCCACCACCGGGAUAUGAAAAGAAACCCAAUUCAGAUGAUGCAUUGUUGCCAAAAGAGGAGAAGGGCAAAGAGAAAAGACAUAAAAAGGAGAAGAAAGAUAAAGAUAAGGGAGAAGGUAAAGAAAAAAGGGAUAAGGAUAGAAAGGAGGGGAAACACAAAGAAAAGAAAGACAAAAAAGAUAAACAAAAGGACAAGAAGGAAAAGAGUAGAGACAAGAAAAGGGACAGAGAGAACAAAAGCAAAAAUAAAGAUAAAAAAAGUGUCCGUGAGGAAUCAUCGGCUGUUGGCCAUCCUGGAGCUUUUUCUACUGCAGAAGAACCUGAUAAGAAUGUCAUUAAUUUGGAUGAGAAGAAAAACUCUGUUCUACACGGACAGAAAGCCAUUGAAGGUAGAUUCGGUCUUAAUGGAGAGGCAGAGGAGUUGAAAUUUGUGCAGGAGUUGGCUAGAAGGAUCAAAGAUGAAGAAAAUGGAAAAGGAAUCCAGUUGGCCGGAAGAUGCUCUGGUGAGGGGCAGAAGGAAGAGAGAAUCGGCAAGGUGGUUGGGGUCAAGGUAUCUAGAAGUUUGGAUGAAGACUUGGGAAGUAACAUAGAGAGGAGUGGUGUUCAUGAUAGAAAGCUGGGUAGAGGGGUCAGAGUUGACGAAAAUGGAAAAGGAAUCCUGUUGGCAGGAAGAUUCUCUGUUGAGGGGAAGAAGGAUGAAAGAAUGGACAGGGUGCUUGGCGGCAAGGUUUCUAGAAUUUUGGCUGAAGAUUGUGGGACCAACAUGGAAAGGAGUGGUGUUGAUGACAGGAAGAUGGAUGUCGUGCAAGCAACCAUGAAUGAAUCUAGACUUGGGAGUAAUGCAUUUGUCGCCCCUAACAUCUAUAGGUCCAACGAUAAUAAAGUCGAAGGGAUGCCCAUGGCUUCUGGGGUCAAGGGGAAUUCGUUGAAUUUUACUGAAAAUAAGGUUUCAUACAUGGAGAAGAGUUUGGAUUGCAGGGGGAUAGAUUCACAUGCUACCCAAAGUGAAUCUAGACAAAGUGGAAACACCAUGCUCCCCAACAUCACAGCGCUUGGCAAAAGUAUGUUCGAAGGAAUGCAUAGACCGCAUGAAGAGAGUAACAAAAGGAAAGAGGAAAAAGAGAAAACUAAAGAAAGAGGUGAUGGAAAGUCGGGAGAAAAAGGAAAGGAUAAAGGUAGAGAUAAGAAGGAGAAGGAUAGAGAUAAGAAAAGGCACAAGAAGAGCAAAGACCGGGAAAAAGAGAAGAAAAAGGAGAAGUCGAAGGAGAAAAGUGAGCAUUAUAAACUUCAAAACAUUAGGAGCAAUACAACUUCAGAACUUUCAAGGGAUAACGAUGCUGGUGCUGCUUUUGAUGUAAAUCUAAAAAAAAGAAAGCUUGUUCCAAAUGGUUUUGUACAUGAUGAUGAAGCUAGGCCUGCUAAAAUACUCAAGCCUGCUUCUCAUGGGCCAAUACAGAAUGGAAAUAAAGUUGAAACUCUCCAUGUUCCUGUCAAUUCAAACAUUCCAAGCGUUUCUGAGAUUAAGGUGGCUAAUAAGACGCAGAAGAUGAAUGGUGCAGUAGUUGGUCAGCCAUCAGUGUCUAUUCCUAGACCAAAGCUUUCGCCUCCUCCUACUAGUAUUGGUCAAAUUGCUGAACCAUCUCUAACACCUCCACUUGCCGAUCAAUUUGUCGAAACAACUGGGAGAACUCCUCCAGUUGAUCAUACUGCCAAGGCAGUUGGCAGACUUCCUUUUUCUGAUCAAAAUGCCGAAACACUUGGCAAACUUCCUAUUUCCAAAACGCUUGUCAAACCUCCAUUUUCCAAAACACCUGUCAAGCCUCCUCAAGCCUAUCAAACUGCUGAAACAAUUGGUAGACCUCCUUGUGCUGAUCACACUGCCGAAACACUUGGCAAACUUCCCUUUUCCAAAACAUCUGUGAAACCACCUCAAGCUUGUCAAAUUGCUGAAACACUUGGGAUACCACCUUCUGCUGAUCAAAUUGUUGAAAAACCUCUCCAUGCUGAUAAGAUUGCUGAAGUGUGUCGGAAACCUCCUAGUGCUGCUAUAUUUGCUGAAGUGUCCAAGAAACCUUCUCAUAUCAAUGUAGUUGUUGAAGCACCAAAGAGGUCUCCUCAUCCUGAUGUCAAGUAUCUGAACCAGAUUCUCACUGUUCCUAAAAUGGAAGAGUGGGUUGAAUGCGAUGAUAACAACGAAUGGUUGUUUGGAAGCAGAGAUCCUUCAGAGAAGAAGUCAGGGGUGGGUUCCAAUGUGAUCAAUGAGGAGCUGCAAGUAUGGUCCGAAGCUCGGUAUAUAGAAUCUACAGAUAUUUAUGCUCUGCCAUAUGUAAUUCCUUAUUGAGCGCUCUUGGAAUUUGGUGCAAUCCUAUGGGUGAGGUCAUCAAAUGUGACUUGUCACAUAUUCAUAACCAUCAUCAGGCCUGGGCAUGAGUAUAUGCUGGGAUUUCGGUUGCAUUGUUUUUGCUUGUGUUCUCGAAUUUCGGGGAAGUUUGCCUCAAGUAGAACACAAAAUUGAUUCAGAGGGGAUUUUUCCCAAGGCCCACCAAGGUUGACAUCAAAGUUGUCCACAAUCUUAUGCAAGUUGAUUCAUUUAGUGUAAAGCUCAGAGGCUCCUUUCUAAUUGAGUGUGAGAGGAAGUUGAGCUUUGUGGACUUUACACCUCCAGAAAAUUUUGAUUUGUAACAUAGAACUCUUUAUAGAUGUAAAAUAGAGAAAAAUGAAAGCAGUUAUUCCUAUUUAUUUAUUUCUGCUUGUGUCCGAGGCUCUGUUUGAAUGGGCAUGUGGCAAGUCCGAAUUUUUUACUGUCUUCUCACUUACAGUCUAAGCACAGUUUGAAGUUGGCUGUGU